GAUCAUCUUCACUGUUUUCAUGAUGAGGUCUUUACUGGCAUUGUGUUUCUUGGUGUUAGCAGUUGCUGUUGUAUCAGCAGAGGAUGAAGAGAUGUCGAUGCCUGGGCGCCAAAUUGACGAGCUGCAGCUGAGCGACGCCGAAAGGGAGGCCCUGGACCUCCAACUCAUGCGGGCUCGAAACAACCCGGAGCUGAACCCAGAUCUCUACCAAGGCGACAUUAUGCUCACGGACGAGCAGAGAAAAGCUCUCGAGGAGCGCAAAGUCAUGAAUGACAGCUCUUACUGGUGGCCGAAGGCUGCGGAUGGCUACGUCAACGUCAAUUAUCGCUUCGCUGCGCCCUCCAUUAACCAGACGAUGGUGCGGCGAGCAAUUAGCUCGUGGGAGACGAAUACGUGCAUCAGGUUCCAUGAAAUUACAAGUGCGGAUGGCAAACCGCAUCUCAUCUUCCAAGACAACAACUCGGGCUGCAACAGUAAUAUCGGCAGAAUUUAUUUUUGGAACGGGCAGCCUGUGAACCUUGCACCCGGAUGUUUGACUUUGCUAGGGAUUCCUGUCCAUGAAAUCGGCCACGCCAUGGGGUUCAAUCAUGAACAGAGCCGCUCCGACCGAGACGACUACGUUAUCGUGAUGUUUGGUAACAUCCUGACUAGCAUGGCUUCGAAUUUCGACAAGAGAGGAACGAUCAACUUCGGCGUCCCAUAUGACUACUCCUCCGUCAUGCAUUAUGAUUCAUACGCGUUUACUAGCAAUGGAAAUGAAACCCUGAUUGCCAAAAAUCCGUACGGACAACUUUUUAUGGGUCAGCGCGACGGCUUUUCAUUCAUGGACAAGAGGAUUGCCAACCUUCAGUACAAUUGCACAGCCGUGUACCUGAGAAACUGUGGCGCCACAACGGAUCCCUGCCAAAACUACGGAUACUAUGGACCCAAUUGCAAAUGUGAAUGCCCGCCCGGUACCUCAGGGACUAAUUGUGAAAUAUUGAUUAAACCAUACCUCGAUGCCCUGGUCUCGACCAAAAGUAAUAACAGUCGAACAAUCACAACUGAGGGAGUGGUCACAUCGCCUGGCUAUCCGGCGCCCAUCGCAAGCGUGGACGAGUACAUUCAAAUCAUCACCGCACCGGCGUGCAAGAAAGUUCGCCUGACGUUUACUGCUUUUGGAUUGAUCUCUCGAGCCUCCGCCUCCGAUAACUCCUGCUACUUCCAGCAGUUGAUUGUCCGUAGGAGUGACAUCCUCGCCUCACAACCGUACUGUGGCACUGAAAUCCUCAGUGGCCAAGUGUUCGAGAGCGUGGGCAACAGGAUGGUUUUGCACUUCAUCUCUCGGCUCAAUUGGGUGCGUCCGGGCUACUCGGCCACCAUCACCUUCGUGCAGGACCAGACUUCGCCUAACUGCACAAGUACUACUUCCGCGUCUACAUCCACCACCACUUCUACCACCACCACUCGUACCACUACUACUUCUACCACCACCAAGCCAACCACCGCCACUCCAACGACCACCAAGCCUACCACCACCACUCCUACCACCACUACCACAAGCAAACCUACCACCACAACGACCAAAUCCACCGAGAGAACAACUACCAAACCCACCACUACAACUACCAAACCCACCACCACAACGACCAAACCCACCACCACAACGACCAAACCCACCACCACAAUCACCAUUAGAACCACUACCACCACCACAAAACCCACAACCACCACUAUAAAGCCGACAACCACCAAGCCUAUCAAAGUGAAUAACGGUCGGAAGUGAAUAACGUCCGUCAAUACUCCGCUUCUCGACGUGCUGAUGCUAAGCCACCUCGGCGCGUACGGGGCUCUGUAUGCUCUGUAAUGCAGUAAACUGUUC